GUUUUUGAGUGAGUUACGCAUCUCCAGUUUCCAUUAAUUAGCUGCUUUGUGCAUGGAGAGAGAGAGGGGGGAAGUUGACCGGUCUUUGCUCCAAAUGCCACCAGCAAAGCUCACUGCCAACCAUGUACACAAUGCUGAGCCACGCGCCAGCAACAUUAUUGCUUGUCUUCUUCUGCGCCAUUGAAUUGAAUCCCUCUGCCCAAUGAUGUCUGAGCCCUGGUUGCCCUCCCGAUGCCUCGUCAACUUUUUAUCUCUUGCCGAUCUUUGCUUCGAGGAGUGUCGUUAUAUUGUUUAUUCAAAGCCUAGCUCAGGACUGCAACGCCUCUCCUCCCUCCCACGGAUCUCAUUUCAAACCUCGGUCAUGUGAGCACUGCAGCAAAACCGAUCAAAAUUCAUGUAUCUAGAGAGAUUGAUCGAGCUCUCGGGCUUUGGUGUGCAGACUGUUGUUUCCUUGUGGAGGCUGUCCAUUGUAGUUGCAGGGUUUUCUUCUCUUUACUCCCUCUUUUCUUCAAUCAUAUUCGGGUGAUGGAUGAAUCAACCUCUCAAGGCCUACCUACUAUGAGCGAUGUCUUCGCAGAUUCCUCUGGGUCAAGCACAUCGACGCUGACUGUUAGGAUAGCAGGGCCUUGUUCGUCUGAGAGCGGAGAGAAAUCUGUUCCAAUAUCUCCGUCCAUCUCUCUCUCUCCACACCUGAACUCACCUUCUCCGCCUUCAUCUGCGUUUGUUUCGGCUCUGCAAUCGCCGUAUAUUUCUCCGAGAGCGUUGGAGCCUCCGAAUGCGAAUAACAACUACUCCACGGCGUCCGCCACAGCUACGAUCCCUUCGAGCACAUCGUACUCCGCUUCGCAUUCUGGUGACAUCCCAAGCACCUCCUACACUCCUCCUUCAGAAAGGUCGGAUUUUGUUGCAGAUCAAAUCGACCAGAAGCCCAAGUUUUCUGAUGCCAUGUUGCCUCGCAUAUCAUUCUCCUUCCCGGUUCCUCGCACCUCGCUCACAAAAGGCUCGGUGUCUCCUCCUUCCGACCUGAAACUCCAUGGCUGUGAUGUCUACAUCGGGUACUAUGGCCACAGCCACAUGCUCGUUCGCUUCUGCAAGUGGCUAAAGACUGAGCUUGAGCUCCAGGGAGUAGCUUCAUUUGUUGCUGACCGGGCCAAGUAUUCGGACUCCCAGAGCCAUGAAAUCGCAGACCGGAUCAUAUGCUCUGCAGCCUUUGGCGUCAUCGUGGUGACUCCAUUAAGCUUUCUCAAUCCUCUCAGCGUUGAGGAGAUCAGUUUUUUUGCUCAAAAGAUGAAUCUAAUUUCAGUUCUGUUCGACACCGAGUUAUCUGAGAUUGUUAGCCUUUUGGAUGAGAGAUUGGAGGAUAAGGAAAGCAGAGAAGCAUUGGAAGGUUUUACCAAGUGCAAUGAGUUUAAGAUCGAAACAAACGGUAGCAAUUGGAGAAGCUGCAUAUCCAAGGUCGUCGGCGUUUUAAAAUCAAGACUUGGAAGGAGGAGUAUCGCAGAGGUUGAAACUGAAUGUUUCGAAGAAUUACCCUUCCCUCGGAACGUUCAUUUUGUGGGUAGAGCGAAGGAGGUGACAGAGAUUGAGGCUGCUUUCUUUGGAUGCACUGAAGGUAAUGAAAUGGAGUGUCCAAAGCCUUCCUUAACUAGGGGUAGCUCGAGUGAUGGAUUUGCUGACGAGGAGAUCGAUACAGUAAGAACAAGUAAAAAGUACAUUAGUUUGGAGAUGAGGAAGUGCAAAGAGCCUACUUUAGAGGCUUGGAUUGAACCAGUGAUUGAGCUACCGAGCAAAGGAAGAAGCCUUCAGAAGCAGCGAUCGAAGCACAAGAAAUCACGAUGUAGUAGUGCAAACAAAGGUCAUGGCAACGCAAGUAGCGUGUUCUGUAUUAAUGGGAGUUCCGGCAUUGGUAAGACAGAGCUUGCCUUGGAAUUCGCUUACAGGUAUGCUCAGAGGUACAGGAUGGUGCUGUGGAUCGGUGGUGAAACAAGGUACUUGAGGCAAAACAUCUUGAACCUGUCCAUGAAAUUGGGAUUGGAUCUCAGUGCAGAGGGAGAGAAGGAAAGAGGGAGGAUAAGGAGCUUCGAUGAACAAGAGUUCGAUGCAUUCCUGCGGGUAAAGAGGGAGCUCUUCAGAGACAUCCCUUACUUGCUGGUCGUCGACAACCUUGAGACGGAAAAAGAAUGGUGGGAAGGCAAAGAUUUGCAUGAUCUCAUUCCAAGGAACACUGGAGCUACCCAUGUCAUCAUCACCACUAGGCUACCGAAGGUCACGAGCUUUGAGCCAAUGCAACUUCCACCAUUCUCGCUCGCGGAUUCCCUACUCCUCCUCAAAGGAAGGAGGAAAAAGGACUACACGAGUGAGGAAGUUGAAGUGUUGAAAAAACUUGACGAGAGGUUAGAAAGAUUGAGCUUUGGGUUGUCUGUCGUUGGUUCGCUUCUUUCUGAGCUUCCCAUUUCACCAUUGGAGCUCCUUGAAGAAAUUGAUCGGAUAUCAGUUAACGAUGGCAAUUUUUCGUCAUGGGGAAACGAGGAUUGCUUCUGGAGGUGCAAAAUCUUCUUGAUGAAAACCCUGGUGUUUUGCUUCGCAGUGGUGGAUCAAGCUACAGGAAGAAGCCUGGCGUCAAGAAUGGCCCUAAGUGGUGCGUGGUUUGCUUCCGCUCCAGUUUCUUCAAAUCUCUUAGCAGCUGCCUCCAACAACUUACCUACGAAGGGAAGCUUUUGCCAAUGGGGAAAAGGUCUCACCGAUGUGUUCCUCUGUGCCUCCAAAUGCUGUUUAGCAGCGAGUCAAGCAAGAAAGAGCGAAGUAGACUCCGCUAUGCUACUGGUGAAUCUCGGCCUGGCAAAGAGAAGCACGAGGCAGCCAGGUUGCUGGAUCCAACUCCAUCCAAUCACGCAAGUGUUUGCCAAAAGGAAGGGCGGGCUGCCGCCGGCGAAGGCCGCAGUCCAUGGAGCCAUGAGGGCUGGCAAUGCGGCAAUGAACUUGGAUCACCUGUGGGCUUCGGCGUUCCUUGUCUUCGGCUUCAAACAAGAGCCGCCUGUUGUGCAGCUCAGCGCACUGGACAUGGUCUUCUUUAUCAAAACGACCGCCCUUCCUUUAGCAAUCCGAUCCUUCAUGACAUUCUCAAGGUGCAAUUCAGCUCUGGAGCUGCUGAAGGUGUGCACCAAUGCACUCGAGGAAGCGGAGAAAUCGUUCGUCUCUCAAAUACAGGAUUGGCGCCAAGGCAGAUUGUGCUGGAAGAAGAAGCUCCAGUCCAACCAGAAGAAGGUGGACGAGUAUGUCUGGCAGGAUGUGACACUGCUGAAAGCCACCAUGCUCGAGACCAGAGCCAAGUUGCUGCUGAGAGGAGGCCAUUUCGAUGAAGGGGAGGAACUCUGCAGGACCUGCGUCAGUAUAAGGACCGUGAUGCUAGGCCACAACCAUGGUCAGACCUUGGCGGCUCAGGAAACACUGGCCAAGCUAGUCAGGUUUCGACGAAAGAUGUGAUGGUGUAAGAACAUGUUCGGUGAAAAUAGAAGAUUAGAAUUGAGAUUUGAUAACAAAUUUUCUCAGUCAUUCACUGACAAUAGAUCCUCAUGAUGAAGGCUUAUCGAGCUUGAAUUAUGUUAUCAUUAAUCCUUUUACCGUGGGUUUUGAUGAACCAAGCAGAUGAAGCAAAUAGAUUUCUCAAAAAAUUAUGUGAAGGUCGUUUUAUAGCCGUCAAAUUCCUCGCCUGUUUUCUUGUUUAUUAUCCUAAUAAUUUCCAGAAAGGAGGAACGCGUCAAACAUAGAACAGGGUCCCCACUUUCUCUGCGCCAUGCAAAGAUGUCACCUUGCAAAGCCAGACAUGGCUUCCACCCCUCCUCGAACCGCGUCUGUCCUCACAAAAAUGGCGUUUCCUUCCAACCCUUCCUCCUAUAAAUCUCCCCCUUUCGUCCUUCCCUUCCCUCAGGCCUGCAAAUCUGUAAUAGCCAAGGAGAGGAAGAAUCCCUCCAAGACUCCAUCUUUCUCAUCUCUUCCCCCCCCCGCCGAAGCCAUCGCCAUGGAGAUGAGGAAGAUCGCCUGCGCCGCACUGGUCUUGGCUACCGCCGCCACCACCGCCCUCGCCGCCGAGGCUCCAGCCCCGGGCCCCGCCAGCGCCUCCUUCGCCGUCACACCCGCCGUCGGAGCCGCUAUUGCUGCCUCCUUCCUCUCCUUCUUCGCCUUCUAUCUGCAGUAACCUCAACAAGAAGAAGAAGAACCCUUGGAGCUCGAUAAGUCAAUAUAUAAUGUCCCUUAUUAUCUAUGCCUUUUGUCUCUACUUUUUCCUUCCGCAGCGUGUUCAAUUUCUACGUAUUGUGAGAUUGUGAACGACCUUUUAAUGUGAUAAAAAGAGUUCCUUUUCAUUA